AUGCGCGCGUUCCGGUUCGAAGCGCCGAAAAGGGUUCAGGCCACCGCGACGGACACGCCAGAAUCCGACAAGGACGCAAAGAAUGACCAGAAAGAUGAAGUGAUCCCUGGGAAAGCUACACCAUUGUCGAAAGAAUCGCUCUUUCGCUCGAAGACUGGCCAGUCGGGAGAUACCUACCAACGCGUGUUCAGAUUGUCGCCUUGGAGGAAGCAGGCUGAUGUUUCGGAGAAAAGCACGCAAAAUACCAGAGUCGGAGCCAUCGCUACUGGACUCGCACCUUCUGGAGAGAUUGUUGUCUUCCGCGCAACAGAAACGCCCAGCGAGUCGGACGUGAUCGGCCGUAUCCAACUCGGUGCCAAUGAGGAAGCGGACGAUAUUGAUUUCGUGGGUCUGGAGUACGACACGGAUGAAAACAAAGAACCUUCAGGUCGAUUCCGCAUGGCUUAUACGAACGGAGUGGAUGUGAUGGCCGGUGACAUCUUGUCUACCACACGCUCCAAUGCUGCUCCCGAGCUAUUCAAUGUCUUCACCAUUCCUUUGCCCAGUAGCGGUGCUCGCGCGGCCCGUCCCAAGUUCCGUUCCCUGCGUUUCUUGUCGCCUACGACUAUCUUGAUGCUUCAGAAUGCUCCUGAUCGCGGGGGAUGCGAACUCGUCCUUCUCCAAAUUCCCACAAAACAGGGUGGCGAGGCAAAGGUCUUGCGUCGGCGCAAGCUCCCUCGGGGUGUAAAGAUCGGUCUUGGCCUUGAUGUAUGCCCACUCGGUACAAAUCAAGUCGGCCAACAACAAACCAUCAUCGCCGUUAGCGGUAGUGACCAUUCCAUCUCCCUCUUCACAAUCGAGUACGGGCCCAAGAUGGGCUACGGCAAGCUCCUGCCCUACACAACCCUCCGUGAUGUGCACCCCUUCUCCAUGACGAAGCUCUGCUUCUCAACCUUUGUCGCUCCCGCCCACCCCAUCACUCCGGAAGUCGGCCCACAAAAGGUCAAGCUUGCCUCUGUCAGCAUGGGAAAUACUGUUGUCGUGCACACACUGCCUCUCCAGCCCUUCCCACCUUCUUCCCGUACUGCACGCUACGUGCUUACCCUUCCUGGGCCCGCCGAGUUCUGGGAAGGUGUUCUGUUCAGCGUCGCCUUGCUCGUAUCUUUCCUCGUCAUCUGCGUUGCUCUGCUUUCCUUCGCCGAGAUCCGCGGUGCCACUCCUCCAUACCUGGGUGCUGCAAACUACCUUCCAAAUACAUGGCGCGAGAAUUGGGCCGUCGACUACAAAGCACCGCCAAAUGGCAAGGGCUCUUACUUCGAUACUCUAUUUGCACCCAAGUCCACUGAGACUGUCAUUCAAGUCACUCCCGAUGAACUUCACUCUCUAAAGGACAUCCUCGACCGCGUCCACAGCGCCGGCGCCGCACCCGCUGAUCUCGAGACCAUCACACCGCACUCUGUGUCCGUGAUUGUACGUUGCAACAAGCCCGGCAUGAACGUAGAGGAGAGUGUGAUCAUUGAAACCUCUGCCUUGCAUGAGGCCCACGACGCCUCGGAAGAACACCGUCUCCACGCCUGGCAGGAGAUGAAUGCCGCCGAUCAGGAAUCCUGGAAACGCCGUCUUGAAGCUGCAGGCCGCUGGACUGUCAGUGAGGGUGAAUCUGUGCUGAAGGGUGUCCUGUUUAGCGAGGCAUGCGGGCAUUUGAAGGAGUGGGUAGCUCACGAGUUGUAA